CGUCGGAGGCGGUGACAUUUCCUUGAUUGACGGCUGCUUCGGCGUCUCAGAGCCCGAGGACGGGGAUCUCCUGGAGCUCCUUGGAUCCACUAUGGCGAAGCUGCAUGGGUUACAAGCUGACUAUGUUUUCCGGGGUGUCGAGCACAUCGUUCGAAUGACGGUGGAAGGAAAUCUCUUGGAGGUGGAGGUGGAGGACCGGCUCACCACUGACCAGUGGCGGGGGGGGUUUGAUGCCGCUGUCAUUGAAGACCUGACACACAAGACAGGGAAUUUCAAGCAGUUUGGGAUCUUCUGCAACAUGCUGGAGUCAGCCUUGGCUCAGAGCAGCGAGUCAGUCACCCUGGACCUUCUUACCUACUCAGACUUGGAGGCGUUGAGGAAUAGGAAGAUCGGAAUGGGUCCCCGGCACUUGUCUGCGACCAAGAGCUCUCCACUCAGCUCCAAGCGCUACCUCAUCUUGAUCUACUCCGUGGAAUUUGACAGGAUCCAUUACCCUCUCCCGCUGCCCUAUGUAGGGAAGCCGGAUCCAGUCGUCUUGCAGAAGGUGAUUCGGGAGCUAAAAGAAGAGCUGGCUCUGUUGAAGGCAAAACCAGGGAAGGACUUCCGCGAUGCUGAGAUCCGUCGGCUCCGGGAAGAGCUGCAGAAUGCCUUGGAGGAGAAGCAAGUGGUGGAGACGGCCCUCUUGGGUCUCCAGGAAGAACUGAAGCUGACCAACAAAAGCAGUGCCCUGAAGGAAGUGAAGAUCCUCAAGAAGGUGGUGCAAAGUCUGGAGGAGGAACUGACCAAAGAGCGGGCCAAGCACCAGCGGGUUUCUAGCAAGCGUCUGCAAGAGAACCAACAGCUUGCGGAAGAGCUGGCUGAGAUGAAGGCGACGGAGAGGAGCCUCCGGAUUCGGAUGAAGAACCUGACCAAUGAGCUGGCCUUAUAUAGGAAAGGGCGCUUCAGCCCCACUGGACCCUCUCCCCAGAACAAGUCUAUCUCUUCCCGCCAUUUUGGUCAGCCUGCCUUGACCCGAGGUGGCACCAAAAAGAGAGAAGACCACCGCUCUAACUCAAGGGAACGGUCAAACUCACGAGAACGCAGUGGGGUCUGGGGCCCCAGCCGGCAGCGGUCCACAUCCAGGGAGGGUCGCAGCGGAAGCCAAGGCCGUGUUCCUCGACAGUCUCCGUCUCCGACAGGCACCCGGGCUCCCCGGUUUGACCCCACAGCCUUUGUGAAGGCGAAAGAGCGCAAGCAGAAAGAGGCAGAACAGAAAAACAAGCGAUGCAUCCGACGGGGAAUGGGAGACACCCCGCCAACCGGGUGGCACCACCGUACCCAGUCCAGAGGCCCCUCAGCUUUCAACAACAGUGGCCUUGGGAAAACCAGGGGCAGGAGUUCCUCAGUGGAAAGCUUCCGCAGCAGGCGUUCCUCUGCUAGCUCAGGGAGUGAGAUGGACGAAUAUUCAGAACCUGUUGCACCAAGGGGCCGGAAGCGAAUGGCAAGGAGCAGGAAACCCCUGAGUUCCUCAUCUUGGAAUGGCCCCACCAUGGUCCCCCAUGCAAACAGCAGUCACCAGAAGCACUUGGCAAGCACUCCCACCCUGAGCAAGCGAGCAGAUAAAGAGAAUCUGUACGAUGAGCCAUCCGCUGACCUCUCUGAGAUCGAUGCUCGGCUGCAAGCGUUGCAGGAAUACAUGAAUAAACUUGAGACAAGAAUGUAGUUCCUGCAGUGGGCAGAAACCUGGGAGUUGCUCAGCUGUCCAACAAGGGAUGCUGCCAUGACUGCUCACCUGCUCAGAACAUGGCAAAAUACAGAGGGCAUCAUUUCUGAACCACCUGCCAUUUGGGACUCCUAUUUUCUCCACUCUUUACAGAAGGAGAUGACCCAAAAGGGAUUCUCAGGGGAAGGGGGGACAAUCAUGGAAUUAUUAAUGUUUGGACACAUGUAGCAUCUGAGAUCACAUCGUAGGUUAAUAGUUCUGCGCACAGAGCUAUGCUAUAUCUUUGUCCCCAGCAAACCCUGGACUCACCAGUUAACCCAAGGCUCUUCUGUGUCUGGCUGUGUCCUAGUAGCCAGACGUGGAAUGGCUACAUCAUCCACUGAGAUCCACUGGGGUCCUUCGUAGGUCUUGGUGGAUAAUGUAACCAACAGAAUGGCUUUGGAAGAUGAACAGUGUGUCUGCAUGGGUGGCCCUUUGGUCAUUGUGGGGGUUGGAAGAGAAUACCAACCUCCACAGUAACAACCCCCCUUCCCAAUAGACAUUGGCAGGAGUAAGGUGGACUUGUACCUGCAUAUAUUAUUAAUAGGACGCUGGACAAUUCAUGUCAGUGGGUGUUUUUGUGGAGAAGCAGAAGCGUGAGAAAAGCACACAGGCACACUCUUCUAAUCCUGCUCAGGUUUGGUACUGCAGUGCACAGAAUGUAUGGCGACAGUGGAGAGGUCUGUUGCUUUAGGUCUGGGAUUAGCCAGUCUUGCCUUAAAAAGGUAUGAGAGUAAGUGCUCCUUGGCAACUAGAUCACUCUUCUUCAAACCUAAGUCUCUGCCACCCCCAUUAAUUUUGAACCUUUUUUAAACACCUCAGGUUCCAGGGUGAACAAAGCGCCGACCUCUCACUGACUUUCAUGUCGUACAUCUCUAAUGGCUGAGCCACUUCCUUGGCCUCUUAUGCAGUCCUAUCCAACGCAGAGAAAUUAAAGGGUUUGGAGGAGAAGGAUACAUAUCUUAUUUAGGUAUAGAGUUCCUUCCCCUACACACAAAUGUAGGGAAACCUUUGGACACGUGUUGGAUUGUACCCUCCAUUGUCCCCAGCAUAGAGAUUGUACUUUAGUGUACCUGGAGGUGAGGGGAAGGGUUGAUGCAGAAGUCUGAAUGCUUUCCUCAAAAGCACAAAGGGGAGCAGCAGUCAUAGACUUUUCCUUCAGAGCUUCAUGUCACUUCUGGGAGGCAUGAGUUUCUAAAGUUUAAAAUAAUCAGUUUGGAUGCUAGUAGUCUUCUUUUGCUUCCCUGUUGGGACAGAGAUUCAAGAGAGGCAGAGUUUGCAAUGGUAUUAGUAUUAACCAUGCACCACAGUAAUUGCUUUUUUGUAGCCUCUGAGCUCUUUAAACUCUGGAGAUCAGGGUAGGUGCAUGUAUGUGUGUCCAUAAGAUGUCUUGGCUCCCUCAGUUGUGCACAAUUUGAACCAGUGUCCCAGGAGAUGCCUUUGGCCACUGCAUCAUGAAUCUCAGUUCCAUUGUUGGUGGGUGUCUCAAAGCUUGAAAGUUUAACUUUUUGCCUUGCAAAUCCCAGACUUGUCUGGACAAUGUCGCCAGUGGCCACGCUGGGGGAUUUUGGACAUUAUAGUCUGGAAGCUGACUUUUCCAAGGUGAUGCUUGGAAUGAUGCUUUGGCUGCCUUGCCUAGCAGGCUGGUGCAAUCUCUUCAAACCAUUCCCGAAAAUCUGCUCUUGGCUUCUGAUUUUGGAAGCGGUUGCCUCUUCUCUCCGUCUUUCUUUGUGGGGCCUAGUACUGAAUUUUUUGCCCUGUGUGCUGUGAUCCUUUUUCUGUAAAUAAACCUUAUUUUCCUCUAA